GCUGCACCGCCGUGCGCCAUGCCCUUCAGCCCGGUGCUCGGAGGGGAAGGUCUGUGGCUCAGGCCCCGGAGGUGGUCUUCCUUGGAGCUGGCGGCGUGAGGCCAGGCCUCCGGUGGGAACGGCGUAACCAUGAUGAGCGGACGGCCGGGCCGAGUGCCCUUACGGUUCCUGCCGGACGAGGCCCGGAGCCUGCCCCCGCCCAAGCUGACCGACGCGCGGCUCGUCUAUUUUGGCUUCAUGGGCUACUGCGCCGGCCUGGUUGAUAACGCGAUCCACCGGAGGCCGGUGAUCGUGGCGGGUUUGCAUCGUCAGCUUCUAUAUGUUACUUCCUUUUUUUUUGUUGGAUAUUAUUUUUUAAAACGACAAAACUAUAUAUAUGCUGUGAGGGACCGUGAUAUGUUUGCAUAUGUAGAAUCACAUCCGGAGGAUUUUCCUGAAAAAGAUAAGAAAACUUACGCUGAAAUUCUUGAAGAAUUCCAUCCAAUACGCUGAAUUCUCCAGAAUGCUCCAGUUUCACCAAAAUCUGUUAUUUUGCAUUUUUUGGAACAUGUUUUCGUGACAUACAAAGUUUGUGUUAAUUUGUAUGUCAACACCUUGUAAUUAAAAUGGUCAUCGUGA